GGUGUUGACUGACGGUGCAAGCCGCUGAUGUUCAUGGGUUCGAAUCCUGAUGGAUCCGAUGGAUGCGCACUACUGAUGGUGCCCAACAGGUUAAAACUGCAGGCCAGUGCUUUCACCCUUUUCUCUGUGAGUACUACGCGGAAACUCGAUUUUUUGGCGUGCCAUACUGAUCGAGAUUUUCAGCUGAAAUAACGUGGAAAACAGUGUUUGAGUAAACACGAAACGAAAUUUGACUAUUGUCAAAUUUUCUUUGAUCCAAGAUAUCUUGGAUCGAUUAAAGUGGUACUGGCCAAAGCGUCUUUGGCGCUUACUGGAACUGCCCUUUUUAUUGGUGAACAAUAUUUAUGGCGGGAUAAUUUUGUUAGCAGUUUUUACUCGCGGACGCACUUAUGUCAAAAACACGGUAUAUCCGAGAUCACCGUAUGUCACAACACAGCUCAGAGGCUGAGCGUUUCUUCAUCCAUCAGGACCAAAUCGACCCCUACUAUUCUCCAUCAUCGUUAAGCCAAGAUAAAGAUGUGUUCUUCACAGGCAGCACUUUCUACUCUGUUCGCGUUGAACAAUCAGCUAACGACUCCAGUUACCAUUCAGGGAAUAUCGGCGCCUCAGAAAUUGAUGAUGCUACGCUGCAUAUUGACGAUGCUCUUGAGGAUGAGGAAGUCAUGAAUCCGAAUCUUGACUUUAUCGAUGCGCAUGAGUCCGCUUAUCGAUUGCAACAAUUGGAAACCGAACUGGAGACUAUGCGGUGCGAAAAUCAUGAUUUACGGAUGAUGCUGGAGAGCUACAAGGCCUCACAAUCACAGCGGGCUUUCAAUGGAGGGGUUGAUUCAUCUGGCGAGGAAAUAAUUGAAGAAAUCCCCACUAUUCAGCACAGUCGUCCCACAGUUAAAAAACUUGACAAAUCUGUGCAGCUCGAUCGAACCGGUGUUAUAAACGGUGGUGUUGACAUGCUUGACACUAGUCGCUACCACAUGAUUGAUCUGCAUUCCAAGACUAUAGAGGAAUCUCAUUUUCCAAGCGACUACUGGUCCAGAUUGGAGCAGUUGUUCAAAAAACGUUUUAACUCUGCGCGCCCUUCUACGCGGAACACAGCCUUCCAAUCUUCAUUAGUUGCUCAUCGUUCAGCUGCAACCAUGGCCACUCCAUCUACUGACAAGGAACAGCGAUGUUUUGGUGUCUCCGUUCGUCCCAUGACGAGAGAUGUUGGAGUGCUUUGGCACAGCGGAAUCCCCACUUCUGAGCAGGAUACGGCUGUGAGAAUCUGGCUGAACCGACAAUUUCCGCAGCUCUCGGAUCCCACUCGCUGUACAAUUACUCGGUUACUUCGAAGUUCACGUGAAUCACGCGAGGAGUUUGUUAAAACUAUUUUGACUAUUAUCAAGAAAGACACCAAGACUAUCGCUAGUGAAGUGAAACCUCAGCAGCAAUCACAGUCGACAACUACAGGGCAUUCAGUCGAGCCAGAAUUGAUUCCAUCCACGAAAGUUGCUUCCUCUAAACCAACGGAAUCCCAGCUCAUUGAAGCUCGCCCUAUUUCUGAGGACAAAUACACCUUGACAACCCCUUUACCUGGUACCAGCGUUGCCGUAGAAACUGAUGUUUGCCUUUUACGUAGCCAAGGUUCGCAAGUUACACCUGAGGCGCCCGAUAUCACUUGUUGUGGCAUUCAGACUGACGCCGGCCCCUCGAAAACAAAUCGUGGCACCAAUCCUCAUGCUCAGCGUACACAUGUACAGUGUACCACACACUUUUCCCCUAUUUCCAGCGAAAAGGUGGACAGAUCGUAUGAGGCCUGGACCUCGGCGGAACCCAGUGGCGUUCAGAGUGAGCCGACACGACGUCGCUUCAUUCCGAAUGUUACCAAGCAGCGGAACUCACGGCGAGUGACGGGUUCUUUGGAGCGAUCAUCUUCCACCACCUCUAGCUACUCGCACACCAUACAACUGCGCUCCUCCAGGCCUUUGUCACCUGCGGAAGUUCAGCAGCUGUUCCCUUCUGCUGUUUACGUGCCAUCCAGCAUGCAACAAGACGUCGCUUCAGAUGUACAAUCUAAUGUGCCACAGGAUGUUACUCCAGACGUGGAAACUACGCAGUCCGCCCCAUACCGUACUACGAACUCCCAAUCUUCUGACAGAUUCAGUUUCCUCACGAAACGCAAACUUAUUAAUGAAAUGUCACCACGUCACUUGGUUCCUGGUGAUGUUGACGUGGAGCGGCUGUCACACAGCGGUGCCGAAGUGGUAGGCGACGUUUUAUCACGCUCGAAGCCUGUGAGCACUACACAUGUGACAUAUCACUUUGAUCGAGACCUCUCGAUAGCCUCAUCCGGGCCAUCCGAUCUACCAUCCCCAUUGAGUGUCAGGUUGGAGGAAGCGACUUCUCCUAAAAACAUGCAUCCUUCACCUACAGUGGACAAAAAAGUGUAUAACAUCCCUGUGGUGCAUACGCCACCAGGUACACGCAAGGAUUCUGGCACGAAACCCUCAGAUAAAUCUGCUCCUACUCCUGAUCAUUCGACUGCGUCCAAAGGGCAUGCAAAUGUAUCCUCUACUGGUGUCUUCCCAACUUACGGUAUCCGCGAUUUCACGGUGGAGAUUACUGAUCCUACUCGUCCCGUUCAGUCAACUCCUAGCUCUACCACCGUUCGUGCCUCGCCUCUGCAGCAUUCUACUACAGAAACUGAUAGAUCAUUCGGUGCGCGAACUACCCAUCCCCAGGCUCCGACGCCUCCACCUGCUUCUUCUCAUGUCAGUCGGAGAUUUAUUCUCUCCGCGGACACAAAGAAGACUUGUGAGCGAUUAAUGGACCAUUACAAAUCAGGCCAUUCUCCACAGAACAACGUUGAAAUGGCUUCUGACCUCACGAAUUUGAGCCACGUCUGGUUCCAAUUGACCUCAUCCAUGAACAUCCACAUGACUCAAGUUGCGGACUUUUUGGCCAUUCUACAUGAGUAUUCUGAACAACUUGUGCGUGAUGUGGUUCGAUCGUCAAACGAUCAGGGGGCCACUUGCCUACACCUCGCAGUGGGUCACGGCGCACUGUCUGUAAUCCAACUUAUUUUGGACUCUGGCUAUGCGGAACCUGACCGUCUGAACACCGCCGGCUAUUCGGCCGUCAUGAUUGCCGCCAUGAGUCCGCUCAUCACCACCGAUGCUUUGACCAUCCUCAAUCGACUGUUUUCCAUGGGUAACGUGAACCUCCGUUCUACUGCCGGCUCCUUGCAAACACCUCUCAUGAUAGCGGCUCAGAACGGAUCUGUCGAAGUGCUGCAUUUGCUAUUGCAAAAUGGCGCCUCUGUCAACACUCAAGACUCCAGUGGUAACACGGCUCUCAUGUUUGCGAUUCAACGAGGUAGCCACGACAUCAUCGGCGCUUUGCUGGACCGUCCUGAUUCGGAUUUGAGUCUCAAAGACAAUCGCGGUGACGACGCGAUGGCCAUCGCUUUGCGCAAAAACGAUCCCACUGUGAUUGAAUGGAUUCAAAAUGUACUGAAACAUGGCAAACGCUCGCUCACGGCGCCCAUAACUCCGCCCACCGUCUUGAAGUUCGCAGAGAAGAAACACGUGCGCCAAAUUCUCCGCGACUUGCAGGCCGCUCAUAACUCGGUGCGUUAAUUAUCGCUACUGCUCUGCUCUCCAUCAUCACGCUUGUUUCUGGCGGACCGGAGCGAUACACACUGAGCUAUUGCGAACAAAACCACGGUUUGUCGCAGGCAGGCGAUUGUGAUACUUUUUUCUGUAUCACUUUUCUACUUCUUUGCCAGUCAUUAAGUUUGCUUACUAUUUUCACAUAUCAUUUUUUAUUUCUUGCUUAUCUAUUCCAGCACAAAUGGCUGCUUCUCAACUACUGAGUACAUUGUAUCCCUAUUAUAUCGCCCCGACUGUCCUUCACAUUCCUCCCUUUUAAUUGUGGACCUGUCAGUACUUUGUACCGCAACUAAUUGCAUCUUUUUUUGUAGCAAUCCUUACAGCACACU